UAAAAGAAAAUCCAAAAAGCAAACAUUAUCCAUGCCCAUGAGAGCCACCUCUUUACGAAGCUCAACCUUCUUCCCCAAAAACAUUUCUUUACCAAUUCCUCUAGUAAUGUCGACCUCUUCUCUAUCAGUGGCUUCCACAAGUACUACUUGCUCUUCUUCACUUUGCAACAAAAUCUCUAACUUUUCACUCACCCCAAUCCCCACCCACUUACAACCUCAAUUUAAACCCCUUAAACCCCUGAAGCUGAAAGCCCAUUUCUCCUACUUCUCUCGUCUCUCAUCUCUCCACCAUUUCCGCCGCCCCUUUUCGGCCUUAGACGGCCUCGAAGUCGAAGAAGGAAAUGAAAGCUCGGAGGAAGAAGGAGAAGAACAAAAGGACCCACAAGCAGAAUUGCUUGAAGAAGACGAAGUAGAAGAAGAAAAAGAAGAGCCAAAGGAAGCAGGGUCUGACAGAAGUGACGCUGGGAGGCUCUAUGUGGGGAACUUGCCUUAUUCUAUGACUUCUACCCAGUUGUCUGAGAUUUUCGGCGAGGCCGGUACUGUCACUUAUUCAGAGAUUAUUUAUGAUAGAGUUACUGAUAGGAGCAGGGGAUUUGGGUUUGUUACAAUGUCGAACGUUGAGGAAGCUCAAGAGGCCAUUCGGAUGUUCGAUGGUUCUCAAGUAGGCGGCCGAACUGUGAGGGUAAACUUCCCAGAAGUGCCGAGAGGGGGUGAAAGGGAAAUUUUGGGACCCAAGAUAAGGAAUCCUGGCUACAAGGUCUACAUAGAUAGCCCUAAUAAGAUCUAUGCGGGAAACCUUGGUUGGGGCCUGACUUCCCAGGGUCUUAAAGAUGCCUUUGAAGGCCAGCCAGGGCUGUUGGGUGCCAAGGUCAUUUAUGAGAGGGGUUCAGGAAGAUCUCGAGGUUUUGGAUUCGUCACUUUCGACACUGCUGCCGCUGCAGAAGCUGCUGUGACUGCCAUGAAUGGAGUGGAGGUUGAUGGGCGGGCUUUGCGACUAAACAUGGCUUCAGAAAGGGCUAGGAUUGUAACUGUUACUCCACCUCCAGCAUCGGAAACUAGUACAGAAAACACAGAGGCCAGUGAAUUGGCUUCUCCCUCAGCAUCUGAAACUACUGCAGAAGACACUACAGACAGUGGUGAAGUGGUUUCUUCCCCAGCAUCAGAAACAACUGCAGAAGAUGCAGACAGCAGUGAAUUGAUUUCCAGUGUUAGCAUCUGAAUGUGAGUAUGAGGAGUGAGGGUGGCUGCUUGAAUGUGCUAUUUGAUGGAACCCCUAUAGAGUUGUGAAAGUAACUAGCAAAUUCCUUGCUACUAGUUUAUUCUUACUCACACCUUUAGUCUUUUCCACACAACUUUAGUCCGUUUUGAACGCUGUAUACGAAUUGCCCAAAUUGGUAUUCAUCAAAGCAAAAGGUCGUGAUCGUA